AUAUUCUACUGCCCUGACACUUCAUUCCUAUCUCUUCACUUUCCUAUCCUUAGCUAUCUCUGGCAGUUGAGUAUUACAGAGACCUGGAGAGCUAGAGCGGCACCGUUGCCCUCCCUGGCCGACGUGGCUUGGCGCGUGGCAAAGCUCUACUCCCGGAAGUGACGUAUAGGAAAAGGGUCCCUGGGUGGAGCGGAAGGGCAGGAAGCGGAAGUUGGGAGCGCCGUCGCCUUAGCAACGCCCUAGCGACGCCGUCCCUCGUGAAGCGGCCGCUGCUAUGGCAGAAACGGCGCUGCCUGUGACCCCGACCCCGACCCCGACCCUCACCCCGACGCCCUUGGCCCGGCAGAACAGCGCCCCCAGCCCCGCCCGGGCCUACCACCUACGCCCGGCCUUCCACCACAGAUUUCGUUCUUCCAUGGUGAAAGAUUGCAUCCGGGAAGUGCUGAAGGAGGAGCUGGCCAAUGUACAGUACAACCCAGAGGAGGUUGGAGCCCAAACGAAACUCUUAUCGGAGCUGAUCCGGGACAGGCUGAAAGACAAAGGAUUUCACCGCUAUAAAAUAGUGGUGCAAGUAGUGAUCGGAGAACAGAGAGGCGAGGGAGUGAACAUGGCUGCUCGUUGUUUUUGGGAUGCUGAUACCGACAACUACGCUCAGGAUGUUUUCAUCAAUGAGACUCUCUUCUGUGUCGCUGUGGCCUUUGGCUGUUUUUUCUACUAACGUCCAAGAAGAACGGCGCUCGUUUUGAAGAUCCCGAAGAAGCAGGAUUGCCUGCUGCUUUUCCUUUCCUCUCUCUCUCUGCCUGUACCCUCAUGUAUAUAUAUAUGUGUGUGUUUGUGUCUGUAUAUAUAUAUAUAU